AUGACUUCUGUCCUACAAAAGACUGUGACUUCCGCCUCCCGUCUCCUCAAGGACCAGUCUCUCCUGAAGACUGAUGUGUGCUACGUGAAUGGUGAAUGGGUCAAGGCCGCCUCCGGCAAGACCUUCGAGGUCCACGACCCGGCGACCGGCGAGCUGAUCGGCACAUGCCCCGAGUUCGACGCCAAGGAUACCGCAAAGGCCGUCAGUGUCGCCGAGGCCGCCUUUGAGUCGUUCCGGCAUCAGACCGGACGACAGCGUUCGAAGCUGCUUCGAAAAUGGUAUGAUUUGAUGAUGGAGAACGCCGAGGAUCUGACCACCCUCAUCACCUGGGAGAACGGCAAGCCUGUUGCGGACGCCAAAGGCGAGGUUACCUACGCCGCCAACUUCCUGGAGUGGUUCAGUGAGGAGGCACCGCGCAUCUACGGUGACACAAUCCCCUCAUCUGUGCCUACCAACCGUGUCUGGACGACCAAGGAGCCGAUUGGUGUUUGCGGACUCAUCACCCCUUGGAACUUCCCUGCCGCCAUGAUCACGCGCAAGAUCGGACCCGCCGUCGCUGCUGGCUGUACCACUGUUUGCAAGGCUCCUGGUGAGACACCAUUCACGGCCCUUGCUCUUGCCGAGCUUGCAGACCGUGCUGGUAUUCCCAAGGGCGUUGUUAACGUUAUCACUGCUUUGAAGACAACAGUUCAGGUCGGCGAGGAGCUUACUACGAACCCUGUUGUUCGCAAAAUCUCAUUCACUGGCUCUACUGGUGUAGGAAAGCUCCUCAUGAAGCAGUGCUCUGGAACGCUGAAGAAGCUGUCUCUCGAGCUUGGUGGAAACGCUCCAUUCAUUGUCUUCGACGAUGCUGAUAUUGACGCCGCUGUUAUUGGUGCCAUCAACUCCAAAUUCAGGUCAUCCGGCCAGACUUGUGUUUGCGCGAACAGGAUAUUCGUUCAGAAGGGUGUCUACGACGAGUUCUCCCAGAAGUUUGCGGCGAAGGUUGAGGAGUUCAAGGUCGGAAACGGCUUCAAGCAGGGAAUCACACACGGCCCCUUGAUCCACGACAGAGCUGUCGACAAGGUCGAGCAACACGUUCGGGAUGCUGAGAAGAAGGGUGCCAAGAUUAUCCUCGGUGGCCACAAGCUGCCCGACGAGGGUGCGAACUUCUACCAGCCAACCGUUAUCACCGGCAUGACCGCCAACAUGGCGAUGGCAACUGAGGAGACAUUCGGCCCUGUCGCCGGAUUGUUCCCCUUCGAGACUGAAGAGGAGGUGGUCAAGAUUGCCAACUCUACACCUGUCGGUCUCGCAGGCUACUUCUACUCUCGCGACCUUGCGAGGGUAUACAGAGUAGCGGAGCACUUGGAGGUCGGUAUGGUGGGUGUCAACGUUGGUAUCAUCUCAGAUCCUGCUGCGCCGUUUGGUGGUGUGAAGGAGUCUGGAUUUGGAAGGGAAGGCUCACAUCACGGAAUCGGAGAGUACCAGAUUACGAAGAUGGUCACAUACGGUGGUGUUAGCCAGGGGCUGCAGACCAAAUAG